CUUUUACUCCAGCGCAUCGAACCCAGGAGGUUCUCUCGAUUUUAAUGAGUCCUUUAUAAUUCUGCUUUCCACACUUGGCUGAGUUUUUGUUUCACUCCUCGCCAGCGUUCGAUCUCCAGGUUAGCCGUUUACUCCUUACCAUCUAUUUGCUGGAUGUUUUUCUUGUGUUUACUGUCCUACUGAACAUUGUUGUGGGUAUUGUUUGUGAAACGUAAAUAUUCUUCCUGCUUUAAGAUUUAGUAACGGCGAUAUAUGAAAUUAGGUAAGAGCAAUUCACUUCCACCUCCCUAUAUGAAAUCGGGUAAGAACAAGUCUCAAAUAAAGUUCUAUAAUGGUAUUGAGGGUUCAAAUACAGUUAACUCAUAGGGGCAUGAAAUAGUUUUUAGAACUGACAUGAAGAUGUGUUUCUAAAUAAUAUGAGUAUAAGUUUACAAAAGGAUUAUAUCAAAUUUACUCAAAUGAAUGCUCUUUGGUCAUAAGUCUACCUAAUAAGUAGACUUUUCUUGAGUACUAAAUUUUUGGCUUUUUGCUAUAACUCUGGGUGAUGAGGGGUAAAAUGUCUUUAGCUAAAUGCAAAAAAUUUUGCAGAUUUAUACUUCAAUUCCCCUUUAGUUGCACAUACAUGUUGUAUGAAUCUCAAAACAUUAUUUUCUGUAAAGUGAAGUCCUUUCUGCAAUUUGUAUUUUUAAUGUGAAGCCAUUGAAAUGAAUGUAAGAAGUUGUCACCCAAUAAUCUGUCUAAGAGACUUUUUCGACAAUGUGAGCUAACCCCAAAAACUCAUCCUUUCUUCUCUUGAAAAGUAAAUGAAAUACUCGUACAAUUCAUUUUAUUAGAAUAAUGUAGGAGAACUCAAAAUUUGUGGAAAUGGAACUUAUACUAAAAAAGUCAAGUGACAAGAUUACUCUUACUUCGCAUCAUACUUUCUGCUGAAGAAGAAUCGUGUACUACGUAACAGAUUAACAUUGAACAAACAAAAAAGUUAACCGAAAAAUUAAGCUCAAGGAAAUCAAGACUUGCUUGUUCAUUGUCCCUUUUUAAAUGCAUGUGAUAUGAAGAGUAUAUAUUAUUCUAAGAUUGUUAGCUAAGGUCUUGUUUAUUUACUCUUCUAUGAUGCUAAUAAAGAGUUUUUUUUAACUGUUUCACUUUUUUGUUUAUGGAUGGUAAAUUCAUUCACAAAUUUGACCACAAAGACUUUUGUGUGAAGGGUAAUAUGAAGUAUAUAAUGUGUGUAUACUAAACUUUUAAUGACCAGUCCAUGUUAUGUAUUUCAGUUGUAAAUGUGAUGUACUACUCUAAAUAAUUUUUUAAAACAUAUAUAGGGGGGUAUCAUAUCAUUUUUAGAUGCGGCCUUUACCCCUUUAACUAUCAUGUUUGGUCCUUUUCUAACAAUAUUAGGCUAGAGAAAUAUAUUCAAAUUCAUAUUACUUUGUACUCCGAAACUGCCAUUAUGACUUUAUUUGGCUCUCUAUUUUUGUGAGAGAUGAAAUGUUAGGGUUGCCUAAAAAUCAAAUUUUCAACCUCUAAAGUUAAGGCGUCUUUUCAAAUGACAAAACCAAGGUAUUUCAGCAUGAAAGUUUUAAAAUUUAAGGUUGUAGAAGCACAAAGUCAUGGUUUGAAAUUUUAACUCCGAUUACCUGAAGCUGAAAUGAAAUAGGUCAGUAGCAGUUAUAUUAGCUCCAAGACUUACAAAAUUAUAUUAGCUUAAGCUUACAGAGAGAGUCAUAAAGCCAUGUCUAAAUAGGGGGUGAUGAAGUGAAUGUCCCGGGGCGUUGGCACUGAGCUACCUACUAUGUACGCGCGGAUGGGAGCGAGGGCAUGUGACUGCACAAGUGGAGAGGCACUGGACUGGAAGUGUGAUGUUAUUUUUAACAAUUAUAGGUUGAUUGCACCCAAUGUAAGAUUAGGAUAGGUCAAGACUAGAAUAAUUGUGAGUGGGAAAUAAGAGUAUUUGUGAAAUAAAGGUAUUUGGAUUAACUUUUGCCCCAACUGUACAAGUGAUUGCAUCACAUUGAAAUACACACUCUUACUCCCUAAUCUAUAUACGUUAUUAUGUACAUACGUUUGGGUGUAAUUUAAGUUAUCAUAUCAAGAAAAAUUAUGGAAGAUGAUAUAUUUACAUGUAAAGGAAAUAUUUCUCUUCCACAAAUUGAACCCUUUUUGCUUACUUGUUUCUUAAAGAUUUCACCAAAUAGACUUCAAUCUACCUCUAUCAGAAAUAUAUACUUUGUGAAAACGUUUUUUAAAACAAAUAAUAUUGAGCAUUUGUUUAGUCGCGGAACACGCGUAUCAAAACAAGUAGUUUCAUAAGUGCCGAUAUGCGUAAGCCUUACUCCUCAAGGUAGAAUGAAUAUAGAAAAAGUCCUUAACAAUUUAGGUAACAACAUGAUAUUUGGUUCAGUGGAUGAUUUUCAUGCUGGACGUCACUUUUUUCCGUUUUGGAGCACCAUCAAACUUAUGUUUAAAAAACCGACCUGACCCGGAACCCGGUGACCCGGACCGUAACCUGGUAUGGUUAAUUACAAACCCGGAAAUGAUCAAAAACCGGAAAACCCCAGUCGACCCGGCAAAACCCAGUCCAAACCCGGACCCAGAAAACCGAUAUACUCGGGAAAACUCACUUUGGUUGUUUUUCCAUUUUUUUUAAAUUUUAAAGCAUUUUUAACCAAUAAAAUUGCAAUUUUAAUACCCCAAAAAGAAUAUAUUAAUAUAUUUUAAUAAGAUCAAAAUGGUAUUUUGGAAUAUUAUGAAUUUUUUUAACUUUUAAGUGUUAAGUAAGUAUUAUUAUUAGUUGAUUAUUAUGAAAGAACUACUUUUUAUUUUAAUUUUGUAUACAAUUAUAUGUUUAUUAUUGUGUAAUGGUUGACCAGUUUUAUAGCAUUGACCGGGUUCACCCGAUUGGGUCCGGGUUGACCCGUGACCCGGUUACAAGGGUGGGUCGCUUCCCGAUCCGGUUUCCUAAUCAUAACAUCAAACUAGAUUGUUAUGAGUUUAAUACACCAACCCCAUUAUAAUAUAUAAAUUUAGCGCACUGGCGCCUGUCAUUUAAAAAAUUGUCAAACACCCUUUGUUAUAAUUAUUGAUGUGCAAAACCCCUCUAAGAACAAAUGUUGAUAUUUUGAAAUCCCUUUUCUUAAUAAUAUGAUUGAAUAUGCAAGUCACUUUGUCAAGAUUUCUAAAUAAUACAAAAAUAUUAAUUAUUUUUCAUUCAGUUAGCAAUUAAAUUUGUUCAUAUAAGGGCUUUUGCACAUGAAUAACUACAACAUAGGAGCAAUUUGAUGCAGUUUUUAAAUCACAAGGACUAAAGCGCUGAAUUUAUAUUUUACGAGAGGGGUUGGUACAUUAACUCUUAUUUACUUCGUAAAAAAAAGGAAAAAUGUGAUAUUUAUAUUAUAAAAUUUCAAAAUUUUUUACCACAAAUUUCACAAACUUUUCCUCACAAUCCACCGCCUAUCUUCUUAUGUAGUUAUGUGAUUCCAUGACAGGCAUCGAUGGAACUUGGAAGACAUUAUCGUUAUCAUAGGGCCGUCUUUUAGCCUGUUAAUUUGGUUCAACAGAACAGGGCCCACUUCUCAUGGGACCCCAUAUCUAUAGGGCACUAUUAGUAUUAUUUUUAGGUCACUAACAUCAAUUAAUUAAUUAUAUAAUAUAAUAAUAAUAAUAUAAUAUUAUAGUGUAUCGUAUAUGAAUAUGGGCUGCUGUUAAAUUCAUACUCCACUACCGUAUAAUAAUGCCCUCAUAAAUUGUGUAUUUUUUUUAUUUGCAAUAUUUAAUGAGUAAUCAAUUGAUUUGAGUGUAAUAAGAAUUUAGAUUGAAAACGCCUUUAAUAAAACUUUUUCAAGCGGACGUCUCCCUAGGAUCUCUAGGGUUAGUUUGUCGCUGCGCCGCCGUCUACCUCGAUCAAGAGGGGAGGAUUCGCGACAGUGUUUCUACGGCUAUCAGUCGGUGAGGGGAGGGCUUUGCCUCGGUGAGUUCUUCGGGUAGGGGGUUCGGCGAAGGAAGGGAAGCAGAGCCUCGCUUCAGUUUUUGCUCGGCUUUGUUCGAACAGAGCCUGGAUUUCCAAGUUUGGUCACGAGUGGUGCUGUUGAAGAAGUCAUGAGCAUCGUUACCUGGGUCAUAAGGGGCCUCGACGUUUCUGCUACUAAGUAGUGUUUAGCCGGGAUCAUGAGGGGGGUGAAUGAUUUGGGAUCAGAGAAUUUUAGGGCCAGUGGGGGUGAUCACGUACGGGCGAAAGAAGAUGAAGAGAUGUUGAUUCGUCCCCCUCCUGAAUCGCCGCCACGGGGGAAUCGCGAGACUAGGGUUUGGAAGGCUAUCUCUAUUUUUGUUUUAGUUUGCUUGUGUUUUUACUUUGAUUGUCAUCUUGUUUUGUUUGUUACAUACGUUUAUUUCUGUCAGACUCUUACAUUAGGUAGGGGUGAUGAGGGUUUUGCUCUGGUCACGUUUGGCUCAUUUAGACCCAUUACAGGACAAGCGAACCAUAUUGCUCUGUCUAGGGUGAUUGGUUCUCAAGCUCGUUCGAGGGUUGGUGGCUGGAAGUGUUUCCUUUAUCUCUUUUGUUCCAUGCUGAAUGUUUUAUUAUCAAUAUAAGCCCCCUUGUUACAAAAAAAAAGAAUUUAGAUUGAGAAUAUUUUUUAGUUUUUUACAUUAAAAGGGGCCUCAAAUUUGUAUUUUGAAAAGGGACCUCCAAGUGCAUUAGACGGCCAUGGUUAUCAAGAAGAGUUUAUAGGUUAUGAUCAAUCCAUCUCGAGGAGAGUUAGCAAGAAUCAUAAGUAAAACUUUGAUAACCGCAACGAAACAAGUCGCCCCAAGUCAGACAUGGAAGUGGACGCCGUCACUGGAGCAAGCUUUGCACCGCCUUGGAUGUCGGCAAUUACUCAGUCCAACACUAGUUGCCCGUGUAAUCGACCCAUACCUCCUCCAUCACCACUCUAUUGCUUUGGGCUUCUUCGACUGGUCCUCUCAGCAACCUGGAUUUUCUCACAAUUCAUUAUCCUAUCAGUCAAUUAUCAAGGCCCUCUCCCAUUCCCGCAACUUCAUUGCCGUAGAAAGGAUCUUGAAGCAGAGCAAAUCCCAGAAGCUCAUCCUUCCACCUUAUGUUUAUCGAGCUGUCAUUGCUUCUCAGAUCAGUAGUAAGAAAACUCAAGUCGCGUUUUCUACUUUCAAAGAGGUCAGUUCAGUAUUAUCAGAAAUCGGACCCCAAACUUGCAAUUCGCUUCUUGCUGCUUUAUCCUCUGAAGGAGAUCUUUGUGGCGCCCAAAAUGUGUUCGAUGAAAUGAAUCUGAGAGGUGUUCAAUUGAACACACUUGGUUUUGGUGUGUUUGUGUGGAAUUUCUGUCGCUAUAAAGGACUGGAAAUGACUUUGAAUGUGCUAGAGGAAGUCCGGAAAAUCGAUUUUUCGGGAAUUAUCGGGUCCAUUAUUGCUGUUUUAGUUAUGCAUGGGUUGUGUUCUUCUUCUUUCGUCUCAGAGUCCGUUGUGGCUUUGGAUGAGUUGAGGAAAAGAGACUGCAAACCUGAUUUUAUAGCAUACAGAGUUGUUUCAGAAGCAUUGAGAGGAAUGGGAAAUGUGGUCGAUGUAGAGAUGGUUUUGAAGAAAAAAAGGAAGCUGGGAGUUGCACCAAGAUCCAAUGAUUAUAAAGAAUUCGUUUUUAGCUUGAUUUCAGAAAGACUAAUAUCAGAAGCGAAAGAGUUGGGAGAAGUAAUCAUGAAUGGGAAUUUCCCCAUGGAUGAUUAUCUACUCAAUGUGCUGAUUGGAUCUGUUUCGGCUGUUGAUCCUCAUUCCUCCAUGUUAUUCUUCAAUUUCAUGGUUGACAAAGACGUAUUUCCCACCCUUCUUACUUUGAACAAUUUGGGUAGGAACCUUUGCAAGCAAGGUAAAGUUGAAAUGUUAGUUGAGGUUUUUCAGAAGUUGUCUGCUAGAGCAUAUUUUAGAGAUCAACAAAGUUAUAAAGUGAUGAUCACACUUUUUUGCGAGGCGGGUCAAGUAAAGGAAGCUUAUGAUCUUCUUUGUGAGAUGAAAAGAAAAGGUUUUGAUCUUGACAUAUCAUCUUACAAUUCACUUCUACAAGCCUGCUGUAGUGAAGAUUUAGUGCGGCCCGCCAAACGGCUAUGGGAUGAAAUGUUUGCAAAUGGUUGCCCUGGCAAUAUAAAGACAUACAACAUCCUUAUCCAGAAGUUUACAGAAGUUGGUGAAGCUGAAGAAGCUUACAGGCUGUUUCAGCAUAUGUCUGAAAAAGGGGUAGCACCUGAUGAAACAACUUACAAAUCCAUUCUUAAAGGAUUAUGUCAAGGCAGUCAAGCCAAAGAUCUGACCUUGGCUCUUCAUGUGUUCAACAUAUCUAUUGCUCAAAGUAGCAUCCUUGCGCAGAAGGUUUUAGGUUCAUUUGUCCUCUAUCUUUGUACUGGAGGUUAUGUGCUUCCUGCUUUAAAAUUGCUUCAGAGUCACACGAAUUAUAUUGCAUCCCUGGACUCCCAUCUCACAGUAUUGAGAUUUUUAACUGAUGCCGGAGAGGAUUCAUUGGCUCUGGAACACUUGAAGUUGGUUAAAGACAAUUCUCCUUUCAUGUUACAAGCUCUUAAGAAUGAGAUUUUAUCUUUAUCAAGACCAAAUUCAAUUAUGGAAUUGCUUAAAGAGGUGGAGAAAACAGUCUAGUUUAACACUCGUAAAAGUAUAGAUCCCAGGUGAAAAUGUUGGACGUGCAACUUUCUGUGAUUUGGGGCUUUGAUUUUUGAGAAAAAAUAAUGAUCAAACUGGUGAGGCUAUGCACUAUGGUUAUAGACAGCCUAUUAGUGCACAAUGAAGUUAUAAGGGAAUUAGAUUAAUUCCGUGAUAUAUGGAAUUUUAUCAAUUCAGGACCCGGAAGAUAGAUUAAUUAUCAAUUCAGGACCCGGAAGAUGAAAUGCUUGAAUGAUUGAAAACUAUCAAUCUAGGAUAUGUAGUAUUUUUGCCAAUUUUUCCUACUCAUUAUUUUCUUUUUUGAUCUAUUACCUUAUCUUUUCAUGUUGUGAUUAUAUUGCAUUAGAAUUAAUGAAUUAUAGACAUAGAGAAUCUGCCUGUUACUUAAUGAUGAUUCAAUACAUUCUUCCAUAGUGAGUUUCCCCCAUCAGUGGAUCACAAUCACCCAUCUGGAAAUGAUCAGGACUGUGAGUUUUAGGCCAGCUUGUACAGCAUUUUUGUUAAUGUACACUAGUCUUAAACUGAUCAAGAUCCACACUUAGUACCUUGCUCUUUCUCCAUUUGACCUUCUCUCCGUUAUGUCUCUUCUUCAUAUAUCCAUCCACAGUCCGCACACAAUAGUGAAGAGACUGUCCAUUGCUAAGCUUCAACCUUUGGAAUAAAAUCUGCCUCACUAAGCUCCAUUUCCAUCCACUUCUUCAUUGUGACUUGUACGCAUCUCACCAUCUCUGUUCUAUCUUAUAAAUCCACCUCACAACCAUUGACAGAAGAAAUCUUAGGUUUUCAUAAUGGAAAAUGAAAAUGGAUGGAUGGCCUACUAAUAAACAAUCUGUUAUUAUUCCUAAUUCAUUCAUAGUUCUAAUUUCUAAAUAAGGUGAGAAAUGGGGGAUACAAUCUGAUUUCAGGAGCUAAAUAAUAUUUAAUUAUAGAAAGUGAAAGCAGUAGUGCACUACCCCUCCUUAAUCAGAUUGUUCUCUGCUGGGAAAAGGAAGAAGUCUGAAUCAGCUCUUCAAGAAAAAACGCUUACUAGGCCGGAGGGGACGAUGACUUCGGUGAUUAUUCUAAGCUAUGAUCUUGAUAAAGCAGUAGAUCUGAGAUAUGGGUGCAAAUUGAGGAGGAAAACCUGCAAUGGCCAAGCUUGAGAGUACUGGGUAAGUGAUCAUGCAGUGUCAACCGAGACAGAUGGACCAUAUAAAAUUGAAGAGUAAACAUGUAUGUUUGUUCGAGUUCAUGAAAUUAUUUGUUCAUUGUUUUGUUUUUAAAUUGAGAUUGUUAUGAAAUAAGGCUUGGAUGUUGUUGUUGUUGUUGAGAUUCACAUGAAAAUCACUUGCUUUAGGACAUGUAAUUCAAUAGCAGUGAUUUCUCUUUUGCAAUGAAAGUAAACAUUCUGGUUGCA